CGGUAGUGUUGUAAAGGUUGUGGACCCUUAAAGGGCGGGACCCGGUUUGUCAAUUCAUAGGAAGAUAUGUAGAUAGGUACUUAAUACAGUGCCCAUCGCACUUUGUUGGUCAAAAGCAAGCUAUUAUCUAACCAGUUUGACAGCUUGAUAAUGGUAGUACUCUCCAAUACCACCACCUACAUGCAGGUAUCAUAGUGGAGGACGCUACUGAUUAAGAUAUGAAUUAGAUAUAACUAGGUAGGUAUGUAUAUGUAUUGGGUAUUCCUUAGAUAUGAUCCGUUCAUGUAUUGUACUGUCAGCCGAUGAGAUAUCAUCACUAUAAAUUUAGGACUUUCAAAGUCCGUUCUUCAUGAGCUUAAUAAUGGAAAAGCACCGAGUAAAUAUUCCCUACGAGCGCAGAAGGCAGUUCGGCAAUGCCAGAUUUCUGCUUUUCUGCUCAUUAGCUUUUCUCUGUUUAAUCUCUUUAUACUUUGGCCCGUCACUGCGUUCGCAAGUCAGGCAUUGCUUGAACAGAUCAUGCAAUAAUCAGUCGUACCAUGAUGACCCAGAGAAAUGGUGCCCCUUACCGGAUGUCACAGUCCCUAAAGACGACGGCCUUGAGCCGAGCGAGCAUUUUAUGAACCCUCGGCAGCUACAACUCCAAGUCCAGCGUCUUUCCGCUGCCGUACGCGUUCCAACCGAGAGCUACGAUGACAAUGGCAAUGUCGACCAGGAUCCUCGCUGGGGAACGUUCCAAGACUUCCACCAGGUGCUAGAACAAUUAUUUCCGCUUGUGCACUCGCAACUUGAGCUUCGCAAGGUAAAUCGUUAUGGCCUUUUAUAUACGUUUAGAGGUGAGGAUACUUCUAAGAAGCCCAUUCUGUUGACGGCACAUCAAGACGUCGUACCUGCAGGCACUGCUUCCCGUUGGACAUAUCCGCCAUAUGAAGGACAUUUUGAUGGGUCUUUUAUAUGGGGCCGAGGUGCGGCUGACUGUAAGAACGUCCUCAUCGGUAUCCUCUCGGCUAUUGAGGAUCUACUCUCGCAGUCCUUUGUGCCUCGCCGCACUAUUGUACUCGCUUUUGGGUUUGACGAGGAGACGGGCGGUGUUAGAGGCGCGGCCGCGUUAAACCAAUCUCUAGUUGAAGAAUGGGGCCUACAGUCGUUCUUGUUUAUUUUGGACGAGGGUGGUAUGGGAGUCCAGAAUCAAGGGGAUAUUCUCUAUGCUUAUCCUGGCGUAGGAGAGAAAGGCUACUACGAUAUCCAGCUGUCACUUGAGGUUAAUGGCGGCCACAGCUCGAGACCCCCGAGGCAUACCGGUAUUGGUAUCAUGGCAGAUGCAAUCGUAGCAUUGGAAAAAGAGCCCUAUGCUCCCCGCUUAACACAUUCGAAUCCAUUUCGCAGGGUAUUAGAAUGCAGAGCGAGAUACUCUCCUGAGGCAGUUCAACCAUGGUUACGUGAUGCACUUCUUAGUGGAGACGAGUAUGAAAUUGCCGAGAAGCUCGCCAAAGAAGAAACAGAAGAGAAAUGGCUAGUUCAGACAAGCCAGGCCAUCGACGUCAUCAACGGAGGCGUUAAAGUCAAUGCUCUGCCCGAGAAUAUUGAAUUCCAAGUGAACCAUCGCGUAGCGCUACAUGAAUCCAACCAGUACAUCGAAAAUCACGUCCGGAGAGUGCUGGACCCUGUGAUACGGAAAUAUGAGCUUGAGUUUCAGGCUGAAAUUCACAGCACCUCGCAUACAGAGGACUCGGAACUAGAAACCACUUCGUCUGGAAUCUUAAAGUUGAAAACGCUACAGAUAAUUGAUAUAGCCCCAAUAUCAGCAACUGAUAAUAAUGUGUGGAAUGUCUUCAGCGGUACUAUACGGCAUGUAUUUGAGAGCACAGAGAGUGGACAGGACAGAAUUGUUGUCCCGGCUGGGAAUAUCAUGACGGGAAACACGGACACUCUUCAUUAUUGGAAUCUUACGGACAAUAUAUACAGAUUCACCCCAUCCAGAAAUGGAACGAGGUUGAACCAGCACGGGAUCGACGAGCGGAUGGGGCUGACUGCUCACUUGGAAGGCAUGAGGUUAUAUUAUGAUUUGAUCCGGAAUUUUGAUGGUUGGGACGGCGCAUGAAUCGAGUCCAUCAGCUCGGAUACAUAGGAUCUCAGAUGAAGAGAAGCGACUAUGUUGGAUGAAUAUAAGUAAGAUGAUCAAACUGGUGUUAUGUGGAUACAUGAUCAUCGGGGGAAUAGGAGUCGUAUCAGCUUGUGCGUGCAAUCGGCGAUUAGUAAGUAUAUUAUUGUAAUAAGCUCAGUCAUAAAUACCUCCUACAACGCCUUUCCCAAGUCCAGAGACCGAUUCGGGCAGUGAGGACACUAUCUACCUAAACUACCACCUACCUACGUUAGAUAGGUGCCUUUCCUGGUAGCGGCUCUACGCGU